AUGGAAACUCUCGAUUCAUUUCGCAAUAAACUAAAUUCAAUUGAGGAAAUAGACGACUACGACGAAAAAAUGGCUCAAGAGAUCUUUAUUAUUUUCAAAAAUAGUAAUGAAAAUUGGGAAAAUGACGACGUAAUUGUUCAAAAUGUAAAAAAUUGGUCGAAAUUAAAAAACAUUACACACAUCAACUUAUUCAAGUGUAUAAAAAAUCAAAGCACAAAUAAGAAAUACGCAUGUCUAUUAGGAUUUUUGUAUCGUUGGGGAAUAGGGAUAGCGUCAGACCAAGAAAAAGCAUUUCAUUGGUAUAAAGUUUCCGCGGAAAUUGGCGACUCGCUUGGUCAAAAUGAGUUGGGAAGCUGUUACGAUUACGCUGAUGGAGUUGACAUGGAUAUGUCGAAAGCGUUCUAUUGGUAUCAUAAAUCAGCGCUAGCUGGAAAUGCAUUCGGCCAACACAACAUUGGUCUCUGUUUUCGGCUUGGAAUUGGGACAUGUCAAGACGACUGUCAAGCAUUUUUCUGGUUCCAAGAAGCGGCAAAAGUUGGUCAUCGCGGCGGCCAGACUGAACUUGGACAAUGUUAUUCGAAUGGGUAUGGCGUGAAACAAGAUUUACGAAAAGGGUAUUAUUGGCUAUGUCGCGCUGCUACCGCUGGAAAUACUAUGGCUCAGUCUUUGGUUGCUGAUCGUCAGCAAUAUGGGUUGGGAACCUUUAGAGAUAUUCACGAAGCAAUAAAAUGGCAUCGUAAAGUUAUCCAAGCCAUGGAGCAGCCAGAGUAUCCGAAAUUAAUCUGGCUAUUUCAACAAGAUUUAUAA